AUGAGCGUUACUUGUAUAGUGAAGUACAAGGAGUCCUGCAAAAAGCUGGUUGUAGGCGGCGAGAAGGCUGCGGCGGAUGUGAGAACGGCCCUUCUCACAAGCCCCUUUAAAGAUGUCGUGGACAACAUGUUGAUACAGGUGAAGGACAAAGCACUCAAUGAGUUCUUUGAUAUUGAUGACGCAACUGUUGUCACGAACGGUGACAUUAUAAGACUGGUCGAAAACCCAUUCCUGGACCUAUCCGCCAGAAGUGCACCCUUGGAGCUCGAUCCUGAUUUCGCAUUGAGCCCGGAGAGUCCUGCUGUUCCGAGCCCUGUAUCCGUACAAUCAGCACCUGGACCACUAUGGUACAAGUUUCCUGACUUCCCGAUCAACAUUGCUCAGGAAAUUGAAAAGACGGAAGUAGGCAAGGUGAUGCCGGAUUUGAGGAGGAACAUCAUCAGACAGAUUGUCUCAUCUUUAUGUAUAGAGACUAUGUACCCUGGUGAACACUACCUUACAGCUGCCCAAGAACUCGUCAGGAGGUACCCGCAACUGAUGGAUAAAUCACGAACUCGCUGUGUCUCCUGGCACGCAGGUUUCAAGAACCGAGCCCGAAAUGUUCGCAAAAGGAUGCCAGCUGGACUCAUGGAGGUGGAUUCUGCAAGGGCAAAAGCCAAGGCUCGACAACAAAGCCGAAGGGUCGAACUUCCUGGCGACCGCCACUCUGUGCCGAAGAAGGCAGUCAGAAACAUGGUUCAGGCUACAGACUGUGGCCCUGGAGAAGAUGAGGAAACGAUCAACGGGCAGAUUGAGUUUAUGAAGAAAGAGAUGAAGAAGACGGUGUGGGACAAAAGGAAAGUGGAAGACGCUAUGAACCGAACCUACAAAGCCAGGCGGGCAUGGUUAAACGGAGCAAAUUUGACAGUGACUGCUGUGACAGAUCGCUACCCAGCCCUUACGCGGGCACAAGAAAUUCGACAGGAGUUCAGACGGCUGACAGGUCGAGAUGCCGAGGAGGGACUUGAUGUGUUCCUUGAAAGGAAAACUGAAGAACUCUACAAGCUCUUCCUUAUGAAGGCUGCCUCCAAACGACAGGCAAAGGAAAUUCUGGAGUACUCCAAGGGAUGCUCUCAAGAAGAGAGUGCAACGCUUCUUGGCAAUGGCGCCCUGCUCCUGCUGCCAUGCCUGAUGAAUGAAAAAAGUACCUCGAUUCUGAAGAAAUUGGAGCCAGGCACCCAGCACAUGAACCCAUGUAUUGUAUACGUUGGGGAAGAUGUCUUGACCUCUCCCAUGUAUGCAGCGAAAGUCGAAGAACUGAGCAUUGACGUUCCAAGCCUCAAGCAAGCUUUCUCAUUGCUAAUAAGCCUAUUCUGGGCCUUCGGCAUUCACUAUACUCCGGAGGCCAAGAAUAUGCUCACCAUCCUGGAGCAUGCCAUUGGUGUUUCUCAUACAAAAAUGGGCAUGGUUGCACUUCGGGUUUGGAGCUCAUUGUGA